CCCGGCUCCCGUUGCCCACCCCACUUCCUUCCGUGGCCGGCGUAGCCAUGGCGGCCAUGAGCCUGCUGCAGCGGGCUUCGGUCGCCGCGCUGACAGCGCUGUCUUGCCGCCGCGCUGGCACUAGACUCGGAGUCGGAAGUUUCCUCGCACGGAGCUUUCCGAAGACUGUCGCUCCUGUGAGGCACAGUGGGGACCAUGGCAAGAGACUAUUUGUCGUCAGGCCUUCCUUAUACUAUGACGCUCGCUUCUUGAGAUUAAUGAAAUUCUACCUUCUGUUGACUGGGAUCCCAGUUGCCAUUGGCAUAACACUGGUGAACAUAUUUAUUGGUGAAGCCGAGCUUGCAGAAAUCCCAGAGGGCUACAUCCCGGAACACUGGGAGUACUACAAGCAUCCAAUAUCAAGGUGGAUUGCCCGGAAUUUCUUUGACGGACCUGAGAAGAACUAUGAAAAAACCCUGGCUAUCCUCCAGAUUGAAUCUGAAAAGGCCGACUUACGGUUAAAGGAGCAGGAAGUUCGAAGACUGAUGCGUGCCCGGGGUGAUGGACCCUGGUAUCAAUAUCCAACCCCUGAAAAGGAGUUCAUUGAUCAUUCUCCAAAAGCAACUCCUGACAACUGAUGAUUCAUCUGUCUACGAACAGUGUGUUCCUCCAGUGGGAAGAAAUGAAUAAAUACUCUGUAUUUCUACUCUGA